GGUCACUAACUAGUCCCAGCUUUGGAACAGGGUGGAAACUUUAGUGCGGCUUCUGAGUGCUAUCCUGCCGGACACCUGGAGCACGUGAUCUCGCCAGAGGGGCUACUUACCUGCUUUACCAUGAGGCUGCCCGUGUGCUGCUGCCUGCUGCUCCUUGUAGCCGGGAUCAGAGGUCAAGAUGAAGAAAAUGAUGACUUCAAUUUAGAAGAUGCUUUCGGACCAAAUGAGUUGAAGCCCACUUUAAAACCCCAUCCAGGUGAAGGUGGCCCUACUCCAGAUAUUUUAGGUGGCUUUGAUUUUGAUGAUCAUGCAGGUGGAGUUGACAUACCCAAGAAGCCAACUCCAAAACCUCAACCAGGUGGAGGUGAUAGCAUACCCAAGAAGCCAACUCCAAAAACUCAACCAGGUGGCGGUGAUGCUGGAGAAUUUGAUUUGGGAGAUGCUCUUGGAGGAGGAGAUGAUGGUCACAACAAUCCAGCUAACAAACCUCAACCAGGUCAAGGUGGUGGAGGAGGUGGUGGUGGCAGAGAUAUUGGUGACGGUGAUCUUGGUGAACUUGGCCCUGAGGACCCUAGAGGACAUGAUGAUAAUCCAAGUGGUCGUGCAAUGCAACCAUCAUCUGGUGCAGAUGGACAGGGUCAAGGAGAAGGGAACCAGAGCGUGUUGGCCGGUGUGAUCAGUGCGGUGGCCGUGGCAGCAGUCGGCGCGGUAUCGAGUUUCAUAGCUUACCAGAAGAAAAAGCUCUGCUUCAAAGGCAAUGCAGAUGAUCCAGAAAACGUGAACAUGGAUGGUCAUAAAGUAGAACAGUCAGAACCUCAAGCUCAGAGUACUUUGCUUGCAAAAUAGAUGCUGGAAUUGGAUUACCUUGUGCCUCAAUGCAGCCCAUCAAGAUGAAACUCCCAAAGCAGAUGGACAUCAAAAGUUUUUAUUUUAUUUUUUAUUUUCAUUGGACGGCUGUUGUAAGCAGCACGGAGAAAUAUUGUGUGGACGUUUUACAAAUGUUCUUGGUCAGAUUGUGCCUGUUACAUGUUUGAUGUUACAAUUUUGGUUCAUAAAUUGUUUUAAUGCUCUGGCUUGCCAAAAAAAGUUAGAAAAUCUCUGCUUUUGUUUUCAUUUUUUGCUUGUCCGGAAACUGAAAACGCAUCCGUUUUGUUUAAUAUCACAUCCAAACAGAACGAAAGAUUUUUUUUCCCCCGCUAUAAAUAUACUUACUAACUACCAAAAAUAUAUCGCCAAGUCGUAAUUGUUGUGCUACUUGCCCGGCAUUUUUUAUAUUUUUUUUUAUAUAUAUUUCCUCUGCUGGGACUGUUAAUAUUUGGACUUACAAGGCAUUGUCUUAGAUAGAGCUAAAGUGCCUUUUCCAAUUUCAGCAGCUUUUUUUUGUGUGCGUGACAGAUUUAUCAAAAUGCGCACAAUAUAUGGUAAAUUUGUCACGACUGUUGUCAGGGGAAUAGAGAGUAACCAUUUUAAGCAACCCCAUCCCUGGAGUAAAAUGGUUUAAAUAAAAAGUGGCACUGUUGGAAAUGGUGCACGGAACCAGAAAAGAGGAAGGAGGUGCAAAAUGUUCUAAAACAGGCGUAAAUUCUUUUAAUAAAUGCGGCACGGUCUAUAAAGUUCUGAACCAACUGCCUGUGCUCUGAAGACCUGGUGGAAGGGUUGUGAUCAUCACCAGAAGAUGCUGGUCAAUACCAUUCCUGGAUGUAAAGUAGCGAUACUUCUCUUCUCAUUGACAUUGGUAAAUCUGCAUGUAAAAAGCUGUGGUUUUCAAUAGAAGUUGUCCUAAGUGCCCUUACCAGAUGUACAUGUAGACAAAAAGCUCAUGUAUGAAUAUGUGCAUAUUCUCUUUUGAAUCUUUAGUGUUAGUGGUACAGCUGUAAGGGUGGUAAAGGCCUGGGCGGGCAUGUGGUUUUUUUUUUUUGGUUUUUUUUUUAGUACAUUGUUGUUUUUAACUUUUACUUGAUUGCUUUUACAUCUGCCAACUGUUCUCAUUUGCUUGGGCAUAAAAGGCUUUGGUAAAUUAACUUAUUGCUUGGAUCUAUCGGCUCUCUUGACAUUUCUGUCUUAGUAAAUACUUGUAUUCCUUAUGACCUAACAAGGCAGCACAUAGAUCUUGUGCCCUUCCUCGGUAAUUCCUACUAGAAAUGUAUAAAUAAAUGUGCACAUAGAAGUGUGUCCCUACAUACUCGGAUACUGUCCAGUCAGUGCUGCCAGUGACACUGUGAAGGAACACAUCCCUUUGACAUGGAGUGGUUGUCAAUGUGUUUACUGCAUGGGGAAUACAAGUAUUUACUAAAACAGGGGAUAAGUCCUCCUUAACUAAAGGGUUAGACUGAAACAUACUUUUUACCUUAAUCGGCAUUCUCUUUAAAGUGACACUUCCAUUGGAAAGGGGUAUUUUUUUAAAACUUAAUAUUCAUAUCACUCUUUUUCAUUUCGGCGGUACUAUUCCAUUGAAAAUUGAAUACAAAUUGUUUUUCUUGCAGUCAACUGAUUAGACCGAAAAAGACAGGUCAUCCAUUGUCAUUUCACUGGACAUUUAUACUAUUUUUAAAGCUGUGAGGGAAAAUUUUUAUCUACUAGGUAAUCCUCAGUAUAAUAGUAGCUGUAGAUUUGGGAAAAACAGUAUGGAAGCUCUGUUGUUCUCUUGAUAGGCCUAGAUAAAGAUGCCCAUAGAAGAGCGUUGCCUAGUGUAAUGUAUAAUGCUCUAAUUGAGUCACUACUGGGGGCUCUCUGGUCAGAGUGAAUGGUCUGACGGAGAACGUCGAGCGAGGUCAUUUGCUGUUCUAAAAGUCCAAACAAAAAGGAUGUUAACGAGCCAUGACCGGAUUUGGAAUACUGUAUAGGGAGUGACUGCAAAAAAUGAUCAAGACAAACAUCCAGUUUUUUUUUUUUUUAAUAUAUAUUUAUAUAUAAUAAAAUUAAAAAAAAACAUGCAUAUAGGUUGCUAGUGAUAUUUUUAUGGAAGUGUCCCUUUAAGUAAUUUUCUGAUUCCCAUUGUAUAGAAGUUAGUUCUAUGCAGAAAUAGAUCUCAAGCCCCCAUAUACAGUAGACGGUUAUUAGCCAAACCCACCAUUUUUGGUAGGACUAGAAGACAAUCUGAUAUGUAUGGAUGUCUGAUCUUUUUGUUCUCCUGUGAGAUAGGCUCCUCUGAGGCUCUGCACCAGAUGUUACUUUAAAGUCUAUAGCAGGCAUGUCCAAACUGCGGCCCUCCAGCUGUUGCAAAACUACAACUCCCAGCAUGCCUGGAUAGCUUACAGCUAUUAGGGCAUGCUGGGAGUUGUAGUUUUGCAACAGCUGGAGGGCCGCAGUUUGGACAUGCCUGGUCUAUAGCAAGUUAUAAAAGUCUACAUACCCAGCUUUUUUUUUUUUUUUUCACAUUUUCUGGGUUUGUGGCAUUUUUUUCAAAGCUCAGCAUGGCAUUUUGGUUUUUUUCUAUAGGCUUCUCUAUAGGACUUGAAAAUCCCAAGUAAAUGAACACCCUGAAAAAGCAUUAGAUAAAUACCAACCCAUCCUGAUGACUGUCCUAUGACAUGCUGAUUGAAAUCCAGCAUCCACGCCCCUGAGGAGCUUCACAGCUUAUUGUCGCACUCUUCCCAGAUCUUGCGUGCCUAUUAAUCUGUCAUGUUUAUGGAGGAGAAUGUAUGCUGAGAUGGCUUAUUGGUCUGAUUAAAAUGGCGGUAUCCCACUGCUGACUCUUUUCUGGUGUGGCAGAAAAGUCCUAUUCAAUAGGGUAUGUGUUUUCAUUAGUUAAGUAGGAGAGGUACGGAUGUAAGGCAUAUACAAUUAAUUUCGUCUUUAUAAUGGCUAUCCGUAUAAAUUGAUGAGACUUGAUAUAAUUGUUACAGAAUGGUCAAGGUUUUAGGGCUCUUUAUAUACUGCAAAAAAAAAAUACUAUACUUGCAUUACCUUCUUGUGUGGUUUUUAUUCAUGUUACUUUACAAAUUGCCUGUUACAGUGUGCGCUAAAUAAAUGUUUUUUUUUCUA